CCCGCAUUGUUUCCACACGCAUAGGAGGAACAGUCGCACGCACCCACCACCAGCCAGCCGCCACCACAUCGUCUCCCUCGAUCUCCAUCGUGUCCGAGCCAAGCCGGUCUCGUCUCUCUCGUCCUCCUCCUCCUCUCCUCCUGCGCGAGAGGUAGAAAUAGGAAUAGCGCGUGCCACCUCCUCCGCCUAAUCCCCCCCUCCCUCUCCCGCUCCCCUACCCAACCGCCGAACCCUUCACAUUAUCGGUGCGGGCGCGCGCGCGAGUGAGCGGGAGAAGGGGAGCCCUGCGGUGCAAGGAGUCGGCGUUGCGGUGGUGGUGGUGCGGGCGGGCGGCGAGGGGCUCUGCUGGGUUGUCGGCGAUGGCGAUCCGAGGCCCGGAGGCGUCGUCCUUCUUCCCCCUCACGCUCGUCUUCUCCGUCGCCUUCUUCUGCGCCCGCUUCUUCCUCGACCGCUUCGUCUACAAGCCACUAGCAGCUUACUGUUUCAAUAACAAGGCUUCUAAACUGAUGAAUGAUGAGGCCAGGCAAGCAAAGAUUGUCAAGUUCUCAGAGUCCAUUUGGAAGCUGACAUACUAUGGUUCUGUUCAAGCAUGGGUUCUCUUGAUAAUAAAGCAGGAACCUUGGUCGUUAGAUACAAUGCAGUACUUCGAUGGCUGGCCAAAUCAACACAUGACGUCCUCAUUGAUGCUUUUCUACAUGUGCCAGUGUGGAUUUUAUAUCUAUAGCAUUUUUGCUCUUAUUGCUUGGGAAACCCGCAGAAAAGAUUUUGCUGUAAUGAUGUCUCACCAUGUAGUAACAUCUGUUCUGAUCGGUUACGCAUAUUUGACUGGAUUUUUUCGAAUUGGGACAGUUAUUCUGGCUUUGCAUGAUGCAAGUGAUGUGUUUCUUGAGACUGCCAAACUGUGCAAAUACACAGAAAAGGAGCUAGGGGCUAGCUUGUUUUUUGGCCUUUUUGCUCUCUCCUGGCUUCUGCUGCGACUGAUUUACUUCCCAUUUUGGAUAAUCAAAACGUCAAGCUAUCAGUCCAUAAUAUCUUUGAGGAAGCUGGAGAGAUUCCCAACAACUUUGUAUUACAUUUUCAACACAAUGCUCCUCACAUUACUUGUGUUCCAUAUGUACUGGUGGAAACUCAUAUGUUUAAUGAUAAUGAAACAAUUGAACAACAAAGGGCAAGUUGGUGAGGACGUUCGAUCAGAUUCCGAGGAUGAAGAGUGACGGGCGAUUCUUUGACAACUGUGGUGUGUGCCAUUUCAUUGCUGAUACUUUUCUGUGCCUGCUUUCGGUACUAAAUUGUUUUGGUCUUGGCAAGCUUGGAGCAUAGAUAAGAAAGAUUUGCCUUUGUAUAUUGCCUUGUGGUAUCAGAAAUGGCUAGACCAAGAACGAAGCAGGUUCUAUACAUAACGGGUAUAGCUAGCAACUUACUUGAAGGUCCCUUCAUAAUUUUUGUCCGUCUUUCUUUGUUAUUAGAAAAAGGCAUGAGAGGUCGUUUUCUGUAGCUUCUCCCAAUACUUACAGGCCCCUCUGUACAAUGUUUUGUAUACUUCGACUGUGAGUAGGUUUAGUUCUAAUUCAUGGGAAUAAAUUGAUUUUUUUUACCUGGAGCAAUUCUGGCUUGCAUCUCAAUGAUGUCAUUUGUUGUAUGAAGAGUUUCAUGCAGCUGGAAACUUUUUUUUUCUGCCAUUAUUGGU